AUGUAUGGCAGAUCAUUUGCAGUGAAGGAUGAUAUAUUCUGCUUGUUUGAAGGAGCUCUAGACAAUUUAGGGAGCUUGAGACAGCAAUAUGGACUUGCGAAAUCUGCGAAUGAAGUCGUUCUUAUGAUCGAAGCUUACAAAGCUUUACGCGAUCGAGCACCGUAUCCUGCGAAUCAUGUUGUUGGUCAUCUUAGUGGUAGUUUUGCCUUCAUAGUUUAUGACAAAUCCACUUCCACCCUCUUUGUUGCUUCUGACCAAUCUGGAAAGGUUCCUCUGUAUUGGGGAAUAACUGCUGAUGGGUAUGUAGCAUUUGCUGAUGAUGCCGAUUUGCUUAAAGGUGCUUGUGGAAAAUCACUUGCUUCUUUUCCUCAAGGAUGUUUCUACUCGACCGCAGUUGGAGGAUUAAGAUGCUACGAGAAUCCAAAGAAUAAGAUUACCGCAAUACCAGCUAACGAGGAAGAAAUUUGGGGUGCAACAUUCAAGGUGGAAGGGCCAGCAGUUGUUGCAGCCACAGAAUAG